UGACGCCACCGUAGAUGUUGCCGCCAUGUUCUACUCCGGGGUGUUUUCUGUGGCACGAUGUCCCGCUUGGAGCCGGGGUUUGUCCCGGGCCCGGAGCGCCUUGGCCCAGCUCAGCACGGUUCUGGAGGCCGAGUUGGAGGGCAUCCGGGGUGCCGGAACCUGGAAGAACGAGCGGGUCAUCACCUCCAAACAGGGAGCGCACAUCAGAGUGGAGGGCAGCUCCGGAGCCAUUGUGAAUUUCUGCGCAAACAACUACCUGGGCCUCUCAAGUGACCCCGCAGUGAUACAGUCAGGAAUCGACGCUCUGAAUCAAUAUGGAGCGGGACUCAGCUCCAUCCGUUUCAUUUGUGGCACCCAGAAUCUGCACAAGAGCCUAGAGGCCAAGAUUGCAAAGUUCCACCAGAGAGAGGAUGCCAUUCUUUAUGCCAGCUGUUUCGAUGCCAAUGCUGGGAUUUUUGAGGCCCUGUUAACCCCUGAAGAUGCCAUUCUCUCAGAUGAGCUCAACCACGCAUCGAUUAUCGAUGGAGUCCGACUUUGCAAGGCCAACAAAUACCGAUACAAACACCUGGACCUCAGUGACUUGGAGGCAAAGUUGAAGGAAGCCCAGAAACACCGAAUGCGUCUAAUUGUUUCGGAUGGCGUUUUCUCCAUGGAUGGUGAUGUGGCACCACUGAAAGAGAUUUGUGACCUUUCAGAUAAAUACAACGCUCUAGUCUUCAUUGAUGAAUGUCACGCCACUGGGUUUUUAGGACCCAAUGGACGGGGCACUGAUGAGUUGCUGGGAGUGAUGGACCGGGUUCAUAUUGUAAACUCCACCCUUGGAAAGGCACUUGGUGGAGCAGCAGGCGGAUAUACUGCAGGACCAAAGGCUCUGGUUGACCUCUUGCGUCAGCGCUCCAGACCCUAUCUCUUCUCCAACACUCUUCCCCCUCCUGUGGUUGGCUGUGCCUCCAAAGCCCUCGACCUCCUGAUGGACAGUAACGUGAUCGCCCAGACCAUGGCCUCAAAAACCAAACGGUUCCGCAGUCAGAUGACGGCUGCAGGAUUCACCAUUGGUGGAAUGGACCAUCCUAUUUGCCCAGUGAUGCUUGGAGAUGCACGGCUGGCAUCAUCCAUGGCAGAGGACAUGCUGAAAAGAGGAAUAUAUGUGAUUGGAUUCAGUUACCCUGUGGUCCCCAAGGGCAAGGCACGAAUCCGGGUGCAGAUCUCUGCUGCCCAUAGCGACCAGGAUAUCGACCAAUGUGUGGAGGCGUUUAUGGAGGUUGGGCGCAAACACGGUGUGAUUUCCUGAAAGACAUCUGAAGCCUCGCAGCACGCACUUUACAAACUAGCUCAUACAUGGCAUGAAGGAUGUUGCUAAUAUUAGUUGGACUUUGCACCUUCUCAUAAACACAAAUUCCGAACAUUAUUCUGCACAGAAUAAUUAAGUUAACCAAAGAUUGUGAGGAGGUUUGUUUUAACUACUAGUGCCUUUUUCCUAAAGGGUGAACCGGAUUUGUAUGAAAUCAUUGUCUGUCUUUUAUUUCCAAAACUAAAACAUUUUAGCCACUUGAUCCUUUGAUUCAAAGAUGUUAUGUGGAAGCAAAUCCUAGGAUAUUGAGCACUGGGAUGUAUGUAUAAAGCUGAAGCGUAUGUGAGAGGUUAGUCCUAUGCAGUUAAGACUCUGCCAGUUGAAAGUUUUUAUUUGUCAGCGAGGCUUGUUGUUGUUAUUGUAUUACAUUGAAUUAACAGCACGGAAACAGGCCAUUUAGCCUAACCAAUCUGUUUGUGCUCCACACAAGCCUCGUAAUUCAUCUAUCAAUAUAACUUUCCAAAUAUUGAUCCUUCUAAGUGAAUCCAUGAGUCAGGUUGUUUGUUGAUAUCCCACAGCCAGGUACAGUUCUGUCUCUGGGUGUACGAUGUCAUGUUUCAGACAGUAAACUGGCUGGUGUGAAGUUGGUUCCACAAAGUCACAGACAUACUACACUUAAGAUCAUCCAAACCAUCGAGUAUGUACUGGCUGUCUGGAGAGCAGUCCAGUCAAUCACAUUUCCCCUUCUGCUCUAUUCCUUGAGCGGAAAGUUUAUUUAUUUAGUGCCCAUCCAGUCUCCUUUUGAAAUAAUUCACUGUCUCCACAUCCUCCACUUUCAUAAGCAGAAAGUUCUAGGUCAUUCCCUCUUUUUUGUUUCCUAAAAUAAAAGCUGCUCCUCAUUCUCUAUAGAACUCUUACCCAAAACCUUAUAUCUGUUUCCUAAAGUCCUCUGCCUUCAGCUAUUGGGAGCAGCUUUAUUCCAGAUCUAUCAAAAUCUUGUAGUCCUGUUGGAUUUCUUGUCAUGAAGCCAUAGUCAUACAGCACAGAAACAGACCCUUUGGUCCUAACAGUCCAUGCCAAACAUAAUCCUGAACUAAAUGUCCCACCUGCCUGCUCCUGGCCUGUAUUCCUUCCAACUUUUCCUAUUCAUGUAGCUAUCCAAAUAUCUUUUAAAUGUAAUUGUAGCAGCAUCCAGCACUUCCUCAGGAAGCUCAUUCCACAUGCAAACCACCAUCUGUGUUUUAAAAAAAAAUUGUCUCAUGUCUUUUUUUAAAUCUCUCUCUCCUCUCAACCUUAAAAAUGUGCCACCUAGUCUUGAAAUUCCCCAUCCUAGAGAAAAUACAACUACCAUCAACUCUAUCCGUACUUCUCAUCAUUUUAUAAACUUUUAUCAGGCCACCUCUCAACUUCCUACGCUCCAGUGAAAAUGUCCCAGUGUACCCAGCCUUUCUUUAUAACCUUCUGUACAUGGCAAUGUCCUGGUAAAUCUCUUCUGGUCAGUCUCCCUUUCUGUAAGAAGAAUGACCCCAGCUUCUCUGACUUAACCUCAUCACCAAAACCCCUCAUCCCUGGAACUAUUCUGAUAAAUCUCCUCUUGAAGGGCCCACAUUCAUCUGCUCAAUAGGGAAGAAGCACAAAACAAGAACACAGUACCUAUCAACCCUUUCAAAGAACUGUCCAGUUUAUCUCAUUUCUCAGUGCCCUUCCCCCACAGAUCUUAAGAUCUUUUCGACGACUCCUUCCUUUUGAAAGUUUUUAUUGAAACUGCUACCACCCCCUUUCAGGUGGUGCAUUCGGAAGGCAAAAUUGUUGUCCCGCUUUUCUUUAGCAUGAGGUUGUCUGAUUCACUAAUGACCUUCUUGGAAAAGGAAUUCUGACAUUACCCAGUCUGGCUUUUGUGAUUCCAGACGCAUAGCAAUAUGUUUGAAAUGGCAUUUAGCAUGCCAGUCAGUGCCACAGCAGUUAGGAAUGGGCAACAAAUGAUACCAUUGCCACAGAUGCCCAAAUCCCAUAAAUGAAUAAAAGAAGUUUCAGAGAUAGUAGGAACUGCAGAUGCUGGAGAAUCUGAGAUAACAAGGUGUAGAGCUGGAUGAACACAGCAGGCCAAGCAGCAUCAGAGGAGCAGGAAGGCUGACAUUUCGGGCCUAGACCUUCAUUUCUGAAGAAGGGUCUACGCCCGAAACGUCAGCCUUCCUGCUCCUCUGAUGCUGCUUGGCCUGCUGUGUUCAUCCAGCUCUACACCUCGUUAUCAAUGAAUAAAAGAAUGUUGGUUGUGGAGGGUAAGUGCUGGUAUGGACCGGUUAGGCCAAACGGCCUGUCUCUUGUGAAAAACAAAAGAACUGCAGAUACUUUAAAUCAGAAACAAAAAUUGAAGUUGCUGGAAAAGCUCAGCACAUCUGGUAGCAUGUGAAGAGAAAUCAGAUGCUGCCUGACUUGCUGAGCUUUUCCAGCAAUUUCUGUUUUUGGGCCUGUCUCUUGUGUUGUACUAUUAUGUGUUACCAUACAAUGUAGGUGUUUUGAGUUCUUAAAUAUCAAAUCAUGACUGAAAUUAUAAUCAGAAGCAAAGUGUAAUGAUUAUAGAAUCUGUUACCAAUAAUAUGAACAGUAAUAUUUGUUUUACGUCAAAUGAAGUACUUACAUAGACUAUAGAUGUACAAUAGUCGCAAGGAAUCAAAUUGAAUAUUUUGAAAAGCUUUUUUGACCAAGGAGUGGUGAGAAUGUGGAAGUAACUACCACAGUGAGUGGUAGAAUAGUGUCAAUUCAUUUACAGGAAAACUGGACAAAUACUUGUGGGAGAACAUAAUUGAGGGCUAUGAUGGAGAUGGCUUGAAUGGAGCAUAAGAACCAGCAUAGACUGGUCGGGCUGAAUGGCCUGUUUUGUGCUAUAUAUCUUCUGUAAUCACUGCUGGAUUCUUGAAAGAUAGAGUUUAAUGCUUAUUUAUCUCUGCAGGUGAAUAAACUGUUACAGGCUGUGAAAGAAA